GUCCGAAACUUGUCCUUCCAGCAAACCUAGACUAGACAUAGCUGUAUAUAUAGCUGCUAAGCUUAGGCUUCUUCAAUUCCGCCAAUUCAUCUCAAUUGAAGCAUCUAAAUCGUAGACAAAACAAAAGUACUGUACAAAGUAAACGGCGGAGACGCAACCCGAUGACUAAUCAGCAUAACGUCACACCCCAUCAUCACGUUUCUUUGUCUUCUCUUUGUCUUCCAUAAUUCUCUCCUCACCAAUCCCUUCUUCGACCAUUGCUUCGCCUGGUGACCUGGACACUCAUUGUCGCCAGGUCUUUAUCCCUUCGCAAUGGCUAUCGAUGACGCCUCCCCCCAGGUAGACGGCACUUAUCCUUCCCCUCAAAAUGCCACCAGCCUCAACGGCAACUCCCCCCUCGCCAGAUACUAUCCCCUCCAGGUCAAGCCCGAGCUAGUCACCACACCGGAUCCCUUUACCCUCUACUUUGGAUUUUUCGGGAAAUGGAAUUGGAAACGCAACGUUACCCUCGCCUUGGUGCGCCGAAUCGAAAGCACCCGUCUCGUGCUGCAACGCAACCCCAACCAGGAUGAGAUGGACGCCAUGGUUUUCCUCGUCAGUCGCAAUGUCUACCAGCAUCGUAUGGGCGCACCGCUUGGUGGCUUUGCCGGCGCAGCCUGGCUCUACUCCCGAGCUAAACGGUCGGAGCGGUACCGCACCUACGUUCCCCAGCCGCAGGGGGCUGGGGGCCUUCCUAGCCCGCGACAGCUCCUUGAGGGUAUAAAAUCGUUUGCGAUAGCUGAGCCUGCCAUCUUCCGACAGACCAUGGCUACGUCUGCGUUCAAAAUGUUUUUCUGGAUGACGGGAGCUUCGAUCAUAACGGCUACGUGGGCUGUGUACAAUGAUACCGCUGGCACCAUAAAGGAUUCGCGAAUGGCUGAGUUCAUCGCUGCAAUGCGACGGCAGUCACCCGAGGAACUGAAAAAACGGAAGCUCGAGGCCGUGACCGAGCGACACCGCGAGAUUCACCAGCAGAAACAGCCACAGGCGCAGCAGGAACAGGCACAAGAAAUGGUCCCAGAGCCGGGGGCCUUUGCGGAAAGUCACGAACAUGAUCAGGGUGGCCAUGGCAGCUACUCGGGUGAGAACCAACCGGCCCGACUCAACAAGAACGAGAACAAACCGAGCACCCUCCCAGAUCGCCGCCUCUACGGCGAUCCUGCCUCCGAGGCCAACACAACCAAUGAACCCCGUGUUUCUGAUUUCUUCGACGACGACGACGCCAGUCCCACGGCGCCCGAGUACCGCCAGGCCGAUAGCAGCAGAACAACAGGAAGCGCCUGGGAACGGAUCAGACAGCAAAACGCCCAGACAGGGUCAAAUCCCCGAGGUCGCCAAGAACAUUUCCGACAGCCACGCGAGCAGUGGGGGGUACAGAACAACACAGGAAGUAGCCCGGAAAUGGAGAAGCAGCGCGAGCGGGAGCAAGCACAGGCUGAUUUCGAUCGCAUGCUGGACGCGGAGCGAAAUAUGUCCAUUAGUGAUACUUCGGGGACGGAUGGUCAGACCAAGGGAUGGGGAAAAUGGGAUUGAUUUGAUGUAUUAUAUAGGAUGUGAGUUGCAUUAGCUUACUGGAGCUUGGGCGUGAUGACUUUCUUUGCAUAUCUAUGUUGAUUUAUUCGGAUCAGUACAACUGAUUAGAUUCAAUUGGUCAAUGGCUAUUACUUCACUCGAUUAUUACUGAUAUCAAUCAAUUAGAUAGAUCAUCAGGAAAGGAUGGUAUACUAGGUAAGAAAGCUUCUUUAAAAGAAAGGAAAUGAUAACUUUUCUGGCCCUCGCGGGCAGAAAUUUAGAUUCAAACACAGUCGAGUGAAAACAAGGCGCAAAAAAGAGCCCAAAACUGAUGGUUAAAAGAAAGGAAAGAAAACAGAACGA